CACAUGAGUUACCGCACGCCGCAAAACAAGAGGAGAAACGUGGAGAUUUCUUGUCUAGCACUACAAAUACUUUUAAUACGUUACGCGGAGAGGACAGGACCAAUGCGAAGACAGUGUGGAUAGUAACACCAUUCGUGGGAUAUUUAGAAAUGAGAAGGGUUUCGUGUUUCAUCUACAGAUGACUAGGACAUUUGAUCAAUGACAUCACCGGAGCAGAUGAGAACGCAGUGAUAGCCCCUUCUGUCAAUCAAAAGGUCCAAUUAGAGCAAAGUGACGCCUCCUGCGUCCGGCUCUGAACAUCCACAUCAUUUUCUGCUUGUGUUGGUCCCCGUGAGUGUUUCAAAACUGUUUCUCCAACGCUUUUUCCAAAAACUAAGACUGUUUUCCAAAGCAGAAACAGCACAGAACUCCCAGACUGAGGUGAUGGGAAGUGUGCGGGCCAACCGCUACAGCAUUGUGUCAUCAGAGGAGGACGGUAUGAAGUUGGCCACUGCUGCGGUGCCGAAUGGGUACGGUAACGGGAAGAGCAAAGUGCACACCCGUCACCAAACCCAAAGCAGGUUCGUCAAGAAAGACGGACACUGCAACGUGCAGUUCAUCAAUGUCAGCGAAAAGAGCCAACGCUACCUGGCUGACAUCUUCACCACAUGUGUGGACAUCCGCUGGCGAUGGAUGUUCGUUAUCUUCUGCUUGGCCUUCCUGCUGUCAUGGCUGUUUUUUGGAUGCAUCUUCUGGUUGGUCGCCAUAUUCCAUGGAGACCUGGAGAACAAUGGUCACAAGUGUGUCUCCAACGUCAGCAGCUUCACUGCUGCCUUUCUCUUCUCCAUCGAGACGCAGACUACAAUCGGCUAUGGUUAUCGAUAUGUUACAGAUGAGUGCCCCAUCGCUGUGUUCAUGGUGGUGUUUCAAAGCAUAGUUGGCUGCAUCAUUGACGCCUUCAUCAUCGGUGCAGUCAUGGCGAAGAUGGCAAAGCCCAAGAAAAGGAAUGAGACGCUGGUGUUCAGCCACAAUGCUACGGUGGCCAUGAGGGACAAUAAGCUGUGUCUGAUGUGGAGGGUGGGGAACUUGCGCAAAAGCCACCUGGUCGAGGCCCAUGUCCGUGCUCAGCUCCUCAGGUCUCGCAUUACAGCCGAAGGAGAGUUUAUUCCUCUUGACCAGAUGGACAUUGAUGUAGGCUUCGACAGCGGCAUUGACCGCAUCUUCUUGGUGUCACCCAUCACCAUCGUCCAUGAGAUCGACGAGGACAGCCCUUUCUAUGACAUGAGCAAACAAGAAAUGGAAAACUCUGACUUUGAAAUUGUAGUCAUCCUGGAGGGCAUGGUGGAGGCUACGGCAAUGACCACCCAGUGUCGUAGCUCCUACGUGGCAAACGAAAUCCUCUGGGGACAUCGCUUUGAGCCAGUCCUCUUUGAGGAGAAAAACUAUUACAAAGUAGACUACUCUCGCUUUCACAAGACCUAUGAAGUGUCCAGCACCCCACUGUGCUGCGCAAGGGACCUUGCUGAGAAAAAGUACAACAUAUCCAACUCUAAUUCAUUUUGCUAUGAGAAUGAGGUGGCCCUUUCAAACAAAGAGGAGAAAGAAGAAGGGAACGGCGAUAGCCUGGGGCCUGGGGGAACGAACAUGGAAACUAGCUCAGACUCUGAACACAGCCAGGCCACCGUUCCCUUAGAACCUCGGCCUCUACGGCGUGAAUCUGAAAUAUGACUGUGCAAAACUGGCAGGAAGGUUUAACAGACACCUCUUCAUGCAGGCACAAUUGAGCUGAACUGAGCCCUUCGGCGAGGCAGACUCAAGCUAACGGUACAGUUACGAAGAGGAAGCAACUGUACAAGAGUGUUCUUACGAAUAUGCAUGGUUAAAUAAAACACAGCAUAGAGGCACUGCACAGCUAAUGAAGAAUGCACAUCAAGGAGGGGAGGAGAGAGUUUCCCAUUUUGGCGACACUACCUUUUUAGACCGUUGCUUCUGAAUGAUAUAAAGCCGAGAGGAUGUAACUGGUUGGCAAAACUUGAAAAUGAGCAGGCAUGUGUCCAUGUGCAGUUGUCCAACGAUGUGAGAAUGAUUCAAGCUCAGACCAAUAUUUGCUGCUACCGGAGUCAAUAACGAAUAAAGGUACAAAAGUUGUCACUGAGGCGGUACCUUUUUAAAAAGUACACUUUUGUAUCUGAAGGAUCCCCAUGUCGGUAUGGCACAUUAGUGCUCAAAGUGUGCGUAUCAUCACCUUAAAUAGUGACAGCUUUUGUACCUUUAUUUCAUAAAGUGUGUCAUUGAGGAAAAUGUACACUGAAAAAACCCAAAAAGUUAAGGUAACUCAAACCAUUUGAGGAAACCGAUUGCAACAAACCAUUUAAGUUCAAAAAAUAAUCCUAAUGAGUACUGCGAACUUAAUCCAUUUGAGUAAAUGAAGCAAUUCGAGCACAGUAAAGCCCAAUAAAUGAAGAGAACUCAAACCAACUGAGUACUGUAAAACUCAAUAAGUUAAGGCAACUCAAACCAUUUGAGGAAACCGAUUGCUACAAACCAUUUGAGUUAAAAAAACUAAUCUAUAUGAGUACUGUGAACUUACUCAAUUUAAGUUGAAGUAAUGAGGUAUUUAAUUAACUUAUUACCUUCAACACUGAAUUCAAAACUCUUUUCAAAUGAGUAGAAUUAACUUUCAGUCAAUUAACUACACUCAUUUCAUUUGAUAAAGUUGACUGUUGGGUUUGGUGGCGCAGUAGGUAGUGCUGCCGCCUCACAGCAAGAAGGUCGCUGGUUCGAGCCUCGUCUGGGUCAGUUGGCGUUUAUGUGUGGCGUUUGCAUGUUCUCCCUGCGUUCGCGUGGGUUUCCCCCACAGUCCAAAGACAUGCGGUACAGGUGAAUUGGGUAGGCUAAAUUGUCCGUAGUGUAUGAGUGUGAAUGAGUGUGUGUGGAUGUUUCCCAGAAUUGGGUUGCAGCUGGAAGGGCAUCCGCUGCGUAAAACAUGCUGGAUAAGUUGGCGGUUCAUUCCGCUGUGGCGACCCCAGAUUAAUAAAGGGACUAAGCCGAAAAGAAAAUGAAUGAAUGAAUGACUGUUGGGUUUUACUGUGUAUCUGCAUUCGGUUCUGUGUAAAAUAAAAUACUUUAUUAUUAACAAUUUUCAAAUUGACAUAAUAACAGUUCAUAGAAAUAACAUUAUACAAAUGAGAUAAAACAGCCAGGAGUGUUAGUCAAUGUCUUAAGUAUAAUUAAAAAGUCCUGUUCUUACCGUCU